UCUGAAGAUAACACUUUCACCCCUCUCUGCUAUAGGGAACAUUUGCUUUUCUUCGUGUCUAAGUAAUUUACAGUUCAGCAUGCGAGAUACAUGUACCCCAAGGAUAAUCUAGAAACAACACAGAGAGAGAGCUGUGAUCCUCACAGGGAAAUGAAUAACGGAAUUGAUUCCGAUGAUUUACUAGUUUUAUGUAAUUUUUAUAUUCACCACGGUGCCCAUCCUGCAACGCAGGAUAUCACCAUACAACACACGAUAUGACGCAAAGCGUAGUCUAAAUUUAGUCAUUCAAUAUUGCGUAGUUUGUUGAUUCUCUAUUGAUAAGAGAAGAAAAAAAGAACAGGCAUGCCUACUGUGUAUAAAGGGGUACAUGUCUUAUAAAGCUGCCUCAGGGAAUCGUUUCCUUGCGGGCUUAACGCGAUGAGCGGCUUGAGAUGAGAAGCACCUUGCAGAAGGUACAACCAUGGUACAUGUUACGCUGCUAGCGUGGCCAACCGGGUUAGGUCCGCUGCGACAAAGAGACCUUGGAGAGUACGCACCGUAUUGAAAAAGUGUGUUCUGCAUGGGAUAAAUACACGGUGUCCUACUUUUUGUGAAUUCAAUGGUCGUAUGCAAAGUUGUGCAGCUAACUAUUCAUUAUGUGCCAAGAAGGCAUAAUAUUGCACAAUACUGAAUCUAUUACUGUAACUUGUUUCUGAUUUGGAGUGCACAGACAGCUGGCCCUGGUUGGGGCGAAUGCAGGGAAAGUGAGGUCUACCUACGCGUGCUUAUUUGUUCAGUCAAAGCAACAGCACACAGGAAGACGUUUCUUGGCAGGCUGGUUCUCCGGGUUACUUGGUAAAUUUUCGAGAGACACCUUACGCAGAUGGAACCACCUAUUAAUUCUAGAAACAACAUGAGCGUUAGUCUUCCGAAUUUGGUAUUGGGGUCGUCUAUUCUGUCUCUUCCUGAUGUCAAGGAAGAGAAAGAAGAUGUCUCGGCGUCAUCUGAAGAAGAAAUGCGCGGCCUGUGUGAUCACGUGGACAGCGGGUGGUCUUGGGUUGUCAUGGUAGCAGGAGCAGUGGGGCUUUUCCUUGGCAACGGGUAUUUGUAUAGUUGUGGUGUCUUCUAUCUACCAUUAUUGGAGGAUCUGGGUGAAGGGGACGUUCUCACUUCUAUGGUGGGUUCCGUGUUUCUGGGCCAGUCAGUGAUAUCAGGCUUCCUGGCCAGUAUACUAUGUGACAAGCUGGACUGUAGGAGAGGCUGUAUGAUAGGAGGGUUGUUGGCCGCCACUGGUCUGGUGGGGAGUUUCUUUGCCAGCAACUGUACUCAUCUCAUCAUAUCCUUUGGGGUGUUUACAGGUGUAGGCCUAGCAUUUUGCUACCAAGCGGUUCAUAUCAGCGUGUCCCACUAUUUCAACGCCAAAAGAUCCUUUGCCAUUGCCAUCAUGCAAAUGGGCUCCAGCAUGGGACAAUUGGUUUGGGGACCGCUGACACACUACUUCAUUGACAUCUACACAUGGCGAGGGGCGUUUUUAAUGCUCUCGGCUUUUAGCCUGCAUUUAAUAGCAAUUGGAGCGUUGUUACGACCCCAUAAAAAUGAAUACCUUCACAAGAAACAGAGGGGUGGUAGUGCCUUUGACAUUGCGAUAUUCAAAAAUAUUCCAUUUGAUCUUUUGAUGUUUAAUACCACAUUGGUCUCCUUGGUGCUGGGGAUGUUUUUCUUCCAUUUUCCUGCGUAUGCCGUUUACUCCGGGACUUCGAUUCACGCGUCCGCAUUGUUGCUCGGCGCUAUUGGAAUAACUAGCCUCGCACUGAAGCCCCUCUUUGGAGCCGUCAUGAAUCACCCGGAUGUUGAUAUGUGGACGGUUUACAGUAUGUCGCAAACAGUCAGUGGUGUCGUGACAGUACUUUGCCCGUUAUUCAUGGUAAACUUUACGGGGCAACUCAUAUAUGCUGUGAUAUUUGCUGUGUAUACAACACCCUUUUUCACAGCUCAUGCAGCUAUAACUUUACAAAGUGUGGAAUCGAAGCAUUUCGGCGCUUCAAUUGGGAUUUUGCAGAGUGUAGUGGGACUUGGUUUUUUCUUUGGACCCAUAGUUGGAGGCUGGACCUAUAGUGUGACUGGGUCGUAUGCUUUUGCCGUGCAAUUUGCGGGUGGGUGUCUUCUUGUUAACACACUGGUUAUGUUUGCAAUGAAAGCAGCUUCCCGUGGAAAGCACGGCGAGGAUAUUUUAGAGGAUAACAAAUUCAAUGACGUCACUUCCUGUCACAAUAGUGAUAUCCAUACUACUUCACGUUGUAGAGGAGAUGUCCAUAGGCUAAAGGCAGCGUCUCAUCUGGAUAUUCCUGUCAAAUCUGCACAUGCUUAUAUUUAUAAUACAACCACUUAAUUUUUUGCUGUAAUAUUGUGUAAAAGGUCAAAAGUUGAACCUUAUUUUAUAGCGCACACGUUGUUGUUCUCCAAGGUUUUGAAGUAAACAUCGUGAAUCGUAUUUUAAAAUUAUGAGUGUUGAAAAGGAGGCAUUUUGAUAUGUGUGUCAUGCAAUCUAUUCUGCAAAGAAAGUGUAGUAUAUAACAUGUUCAGAUAAAGAUACAAUCAAAAAUAAAGCCUUUUAUGUAUUAACCAUCGUGGGGCGGGAAAAGG